AGGCCCGAGGGCUCAAACAGAAAGUGGGAGGUGAUGUGAACCUAACAGUUACACACUCCGAGGCUCUUCGUAUUUCAUCCAGGGGAGCGCAUGGAUCCGGGCUUACGCGCACUGGCCGUCGCCGUUCUGGAUGCUGCACAGACUGAGACAGGGGGCUGUGGCUGCUGCAUCCCUCCAUUUGAAAAUUAUCGCAAAAAUACUGACCGCUGCAACUGUGACAGUUUGAACUAAGCAGGCAAGACGCACAGCACAGGAGCUGUUGUUUCGUGUACCGUGUCGGUGUAGACAGUACGGAGGAGAUGGAGCGGUGGAAAGGCAGAGUGGCCCUGGUGACCGGAGCCUCCGUGGGGAUUGGAGCGGCUACAGCCCGGGCACUAGUCCAGCAAGGCAUGAGGGUUGUCGGCUGUGCCAGGAAUGUCGACAAAAUAGAGAAGCUGGCAGCAGAAUGUCAGAGUGCAGGCUACAGUGGCACACUUAUCCCUUACAAGUGUGACCUGUCCAAUGAGGAGGAGAUCCUGUCCAUGUUUUCAGCAAUCAAGACGCAGCACAAGGGCGUGGACGUAUGCAUCAACAAUGCUGGACUGGCCCACAAUGAGCCCUUGCUCAGCGGACGGACAGAGGGCUGGAGGAACAUGAUUGAUGUGAAUGUCUUAGCCUUGUCUAUCUGCACCCGUGAGGCAUACAAAUCAAUGAAGGAGAGGAAUGUGGAUGAUGGCCACAUCAUCAAUAUUAACAGUAUGGGUGGGCACCGAAUGGUGCCAAGUGCUGAUGAGCAUUUCUACUGUGCCACUAAAUACGCUGUGACUGCUCUAACUGAGGGGAUACGCCAAGAGCUUCGAGAAGCAAAUACCCACAUUAGAGCCACAUGUAUAUCCCCUGGAAUAGUGGAGACUGAGUUUGCCUUCCGGCACCAUAACAGUGAUCCAGAGAAAGCAGCUGCAGUGUAUGAGAGUAUGAAAUGUUUGAAAGCAGAAGACAUAGCCAGUGCAGUCACGUUUGUCCUCAGUGCCCCUCCUCACGUCCAGAUUGGAGAUGUGCAGAUGAGGCCAGUAGAGCAGGUGUCAUAGCAGUUAAACAGGAAGCUGAAGGAGGAGCAGAAAGAUGGCAGCCAUGGUGACUCCUUAGCGACCUCUGCUGGGCAAGGGAAGGGGGGGUAAAAUAAAUCAACUACAGCUGUUUUGGAUCUGCAGAGAUGUGGUCAAGGAGUGAUGGAGCCUCAAGGAGGCUGUGCAAGGAAAUGAAGGGUGUGGACUUGGUAAACCACUACAAUAAUACUACUGAAUGCGGCAACCUGGUAUGUGUGAAUUAUUGAGCCCAGUCCUGAACUGGGCUGACUCCAGACUACAGUAGGAACAAAUGACAAAGGAGAGUUGCUGCUCUGCUGUGCGGUCAUCUGCACGACCAUCACUUCAGAGGGAUGAGUAUGCCAUUGAUUGCACAUGUUUUUUUGUUUUGUUUUUGUAGGUCAUAUGACAUAUCGUUUUGGAAUUAAAUAGAGUAAUUGCUGUUUAUAAUUUUUUUAUGAAUAUUUUAACUUCUGAUCAUAGAUAGAUGUGGUCUCAUUCACUAACCAUAGAAAAUACUAUCUCAUACUCGCUGUAACUAACCGGCAACAGUGUGUCCAUCCUGCCACCUGUACUCACCAUCUUCAUUGGGUUACCCUUGUUUGGAUCUAUCCGGUUUUCAGCCCCAUAUAAGGAAUCAGGAAAAGAAUAAAACAGAGAUUCCAUUGUCUGUUAAGCACAGGGGUUUCUCUAAUUUGCCUGUGUAAUUUCAGUUCUUCUGCACUUUUGAUUAAUUUGUGGGGAGUUAUCAGAAGGAAACACUGGCAACUUACAUAUGGGAGGAAACUAACUCAGUGCACAUGUAUACCCUAGAAAUGUGUACCUUUCAGUGGAAAUUUCUCAUUAAAUGACUAAAUAAAAACUUCUGCCCAGA